AGGGGAGAAGAGAGAGUGAGCCAGAAGGAAAAAAAAAAUGCAUUUAUUUCCCUGUUGCUGUCACAAGGCGACACCCCUCCACACGCUCGCGCAGUGGAAUGUUCCGCCGGGCUCUGGGCUCUGUUGUUGUGCAGAGCGGCAGAAGGCCCGACACUGGCAGUGGGACCAGCAACACGGCCACGCAGGCAGGCAGUCCUGGACCGCCGUCUUUUUUUUAGAGGGAUCUCUUUUUCCAUCGGCCUGCAGGAUCAGGGGCGGGCGGGGGCGGGGGGGGGGAAGGUGCGGAGAAAGAGCAGGAACGAGGCAAGGUGAAGCCGGACAAGGAAGGAAAGGGGAGGAAGGAAGAAAGGUGGUCCUGCCAUCAUCUUCAGCACAUUGCUCGUUUUUGUCCUCCAUCCUCCUCGGAGAAAGAGGACAACAGAGGAGGAGGAGGAGGAGGGGGGAGGAGGGGGGAAGACAGUAAUUCUCUCCUCUCCUUUCACUCAGACUCACAUCAGCAAGAUCCAAACACCAGGAAAAAAAAAAAACACUUCUCCUGUUCGCUUCUGGUCCCUCGGCCAGCGAGCGGCUAACAGGCUCCGCUCAUGUCAGUGAACUCGGAGAAAUCCUCGUCCCCGGAAAGGCCUGAGACGCAGCAGAAAGCCUCGCCGAGUGUCCCUCCGCCCCCGCCGCCCCCUCCGCCUCCCCCUGAGCCGGCGGGGCCCCCGGAGCCGGAGGAGGAGAUCCUGGGCUCCGACAAUGAGGAGCAGGAGGACCCAGCGGAUUACUGCAAAGGAGGCUACCAUCCGGUCAAGAUCGGAGAUUUGUUCAACGGGAGGUACCAUGUGAUAAGGAAGCUGGGAUGGGGACAUUUCUCCACCGUUUGGCUGUGCUGGGACAUCCAAGUGAAGAACUUUGUGGCCAUGAAGGUAGUGAAGAGCGCUCAGCAUUACACCGAGACGGCCUUGGAUGAGAUCAAACUGCUGCGAUGUGUGAGGGAGAGCGACCCCGCCGACCCCAACAAAGACAUGGUGGUCCAGCUGAUCGACGACUUCAAGAUCUCCGGCGUCAAUGGCAUUCAUGUGUGCAUGGUGUUCGAGGUGCUGGGUCACCACCUGCUCAAGUGGAUCAUCAAGUCCAACUACCAAGGCCUGCCGCUGCCGUGCGUCAAGAGCAUCAUCAAACAGGUCUUGCAAGGGCUGGACUACCUGCACACCAAAUGUAAAAUCAUUCACACCGACAUCAAGCCCGAGAACAUCCUGAUGUGUGUGGACGACACGUUUGUGAGGCGCAUGGCCAUGGAGGCCACCGAGUGGCAGAAAGCCGGAGCUCCGCCCCCUUCCGGGUCGGCAGUUAGCACAGCCCCGCAGCUCAAACCGGUGAGUACGACUGAUGCGGGCAAGAUCUCCAAGAACAAAAAGAAGAAACUGAAGAAGAAGCAGAAGCGUCAGGCCGAGCUGCUGGAGAAGAGGAUGCUGGAGAUCGAAGCCCUGGAGAGGGAAGCCGAGAAGAAGGAGGAGCGAGCCAACGACGAGGGUGAUGAGGAAGAGGAAGAGGAAGAGGAGGAAGGGCCCAACGAAGAGGACGCGCCGGAGCGGCCGCCGCCGGAGCGGACGUCCACGCCGACCUCGGCGCCUCAACUGAUGCCGCCGGGCCCCAGCAUGGCCCUCGGAGAGAGCGAUGACGAUGACGAUGAGGAUGAGGAUGGGGAAGAGGAGGAGGAGGAAGGUGGGGAGAGGCCCACCAGGUUGACCAAUCACACAUGCGCAGCGCACAACGAGGAGGCUGGAGAGGAGGAGGAGGAGGAGGAGGAGCAGGAGAAGGAGAAGAAGGAUGCCCUCCGCAUCAUCGAUGACGACUGCGACAAAGACGCAGAGGAAGAGGAUCUUACGCCCGUGGCUGAGAAAGACGCCCCCAUCCCUCCCGGUAACGGAGAUUUGACACAGACGGAGGAGCAGGAGCAGGAGGAGGAGAAGGAGAAAGAAGAUGCACCAAAAGGGCUGGUGCUGGAGAAGGAGGUAGAGAGAGUCAAUGAGGAGGAGAAAGAAAAUGAGCUUGAGGGAAAGGAGACGGAGGAGAGAGAAGAAGCCAAGGAAGAGGAGGAGGAUGAUGAGGAAGCGGAGGAGGACGACGACACCACCGCCGACCUCCUCACAGACAACAGCUCCCCCGUCAAGACGCACGCCAAUCAAACCGACGUGGCCAAGACCAACGGCCACGUCUUGCUGAUCUCGGAGGGGCCCGAGACGCAGCUGCCCACCACGCCCGAGCCUCUCCUCUGCCCCUUGGUGGAGUCUGAGCUCAGCUACACCGACAGGGAUCUCUCGCUCAGCUCCGGCUACGAGAUGUUCAACGGUGAGGCUGGCGAGCCGGGACUCAUCAACGGCGAGGGCGAGCGCCUGAGGGCCGCCGUGGCGCUGUUUCCCGACUUGCCUCUGGACCCGGACCCGGGAAGUCCCGUGUGCGGGGGCACGGGCGACACCGGUGCGGGGAAGUCCCCCGACAGCCCCGCGCUGGACCGCAGCCGCACCGUAUCGUCAUCCAGCACGGGGGAAACGCCCAAAGCCCGAGCCCGAGCUGCAGACCUCCUGAUCAACCCACUUGACCCCCGCAACGCUGAAUCUAUCCGGGUGAAAAUAGCUGACCUUGGAAAUGCCUGCUGGGUGCACAAGCACUUUACCGAGGACAUCCAGACCAGACAGUACCGCUCCAUCGAAGUGCUGAUAGGAGCUGGUUACAGCACUCCUGCCGACAUCUGGAGCACCGCCUGCAUGGCCUUUGAACUGGCCACGGGCGACUACCUGUUUGAGCCCCAUUCGGGCGAGGACUACUCGAGGGACGAGGACCACAUCGCUCUGAUCUCGGAGCUCCUGGGGAAGGUCCCACGCAAAGUGUACGCUGCCGGGAGGUACAGCAGAGAGUUUUUCUCCAAAAAAGGCGAACUUCGGCACAUCACCAAGCUGAAGCCGUGGUCUCUUUUCGACGUACUGGUGGAGAAGUACGGCUGGGCUCACGAAGACGCCGCCCACUUCACCCAAUUCCUGCUGCCCAUGCUGGAGAUGGUGCCAGAGAAGCGGGCGUCUGCGGGCGAAUGCCUCAACCACGCUUGGCUCAACUCGUAGCCACUCACACGUGACCCCCCUCCCCAAUCCAUCCCGCCUCCCCAUCCUAACCCCCCCUUGGUGGUACUACAGCAAGUGAUUUGUGAAACGCACCCCGGCGAGGCCCCUCCAUGAUGUCCUUAACGGAAUGUAAAGACAAGCGUGUGGAUAGAAAAAAAAAAACUUUGUGGCUGUCUUCCGAAGUGAGUGCUCAUGGAAUCGGACCCUAUUUUGGACAAAUAACUGCCCAGAGCUGCUCCUGCCAUGACCUUUGAACCCUUCAGUCAAAACGGGGACCUUCACAGGACGCUCUCGGCGGGUCCCCACGUAGUUCAAAAAUUCCUCCGAGGGCCGCAUAGUCGCCAGUCCUCCAGGGGGCGCCACUGCAAAAAGCGUGAGGAAUGACUGUGGGAAAAAAACACAUGCAUGGUGAAUGGAUGCGACGAAUGGCGGUACGAUUUUCACUGACUAUUCCCAAGUUGGCUGAAAAGGAAGGCAGGGAAGAGUCAAGUGUUGCUGUGACAACCCCCCCCCCCCUCCAGCUCCCUCCUUACCCCCCAAUGACAAAGUGAACGUUCGCGGUGGAGGUUGCACUUGUCGUCCUUCAGGAAUUUGAACAUUUUGUACAUAGAAAAAUGAGACACGGGAACACACACACAUGUACGCGCACACAUUCCAAACAUAAAAAGUGGCUGCCUAUGGACCCCCCCCUGCAACGACACACACACACACAAAUCUCCCCCUCAAUCAUCACAACCAGUCCAAUUGCCUAUUUUUUGCAAUGAACAAAAUAUAAGUAAAUGGUGAGAUAUUUUUCAAAAAAAAAUAUUUAAUUCAUUAAAAGGACAAAAAAAAAAGAAAAAAAAAGCUUCUCUCUGGUUGUCGUAACCGUGGCAGAAUCUUAUUCUGAGGUGAUUGUGUUUGUCUAUUAGAGAUUUUUUGCUGUUAAUUAAUAGAAUUAUCAUUAGAUUUGUUUUACACCUCUAUUCUCCCUCAUUAGCUGAUCAGCGCUGCUCUCUCUGGGCUCUUUAUGGUGGUUUGACACACACACAUACACACACACAAUCAAGCUUUCGCAAUAAAAGUAUGUGACUUUUUUUUUUUUAAUUGCCCCACAACCUCCUUAUUUCAUUCACGUUCUUUCUCAGCCAUGCUGACUGUUCUUCCUGAUGACAAAAGUGCGUCUGUUGUCUGUGUUUUUCAUGGAAAGAUUUAAUAAAAUGCUAAAUGAC